GAACAGAAAAAAAUAUGGAAGUCAAGGGUUUAGUGUGACUUCCCUAGAUCGAGACAUGGUUUUAUAUAACUAUAAAGCUUUACAUAAGUCAAGAGUGGGCCACAAAUCCGCUGUAUUGGGAAAAUUCCAGAGCAGAUUUUUUGACAGAAAAGUAGUGCGCACAGAUUAUACCCACUCUAAGCCAAGGCAAGGAAAUGAUACACAAAUCACGAAGCAGCUUUUUGUGUCUCACAACUAUCCCUUUACUCUCUCUGCAGAGUACUGUAGUACAUGCACUAUUCCGUCUCUAUAGAGGGUCUGGAAAAUAUAAUCAAAAUGCGCUCUGGAGAGCUCUGUCGACCCACGGGAACACAAUAGUCGUGGGAAACUGGCACAGUUUUGGGAGUAAUUUACAGAUCUAUAAUGCUCCACUACUUGAUCCUGGUCUUUGUUUGGCUGACAAUGGUGAUGGCUACCAAGCGCUGCCCGCCGCAGUGCUCGUGCUAUGACUCGGCGGACCUAGUGGACUGCCGCGCCCGCGGCCUCACGCACGUGCCACACGGCAUCCCGCACGGCUCCUGGCUGCUGGACCUGAGCUGGAACGAGAUCCCGGAGCUGCGGAGCCGCUCCUUCACCGGCGUGUGGGCGUUGAAGGUGCUCCUGCUGUCCAACUGCGGGAUUAAAGCGAUGCAGUCUAAUGCUCUUACUUCGCUCUCCUACCUUGAGAAGCUGGACCUGAGCCACAAUGAGAUGCAGCUUCUACCGCCAGAUUUCUCCGAGGGCUUGGGCUCUCUGAAAGACCUGCGGAUGGCCAACAAUUCCCUGGGGCACCUGGAAGCAUCUGCUUUCCGGGGUCUGGAGAGCCUGCAGAGACUUGACCUCAGCCACAAUUGCAUCCAGGUCCUGGAACCGGGGAUGCUGCAGGCCCUGAGCAGCCUGCGGUACCUGAACCUGCGCUGGAACCUGCUGGAGGAGGUGCGCGUGGGCACGCUCACCAUGCAACAGGGCCUGGCCGUCCUGCUGCUCGACCACAACAACGUGACGCGCAUCGACGCCGAGGCCUUCGCCCCUCUGCGGAGCCUCACCCUGCUCAGCCUGCAGGGCAACCGGCUCUUCAGCGUCACCUUCAAGACCUUCCUGAGCCUGCAGACCCCCGGCACCCACCUGCAGCUCUCGGCCAACCCCUGGCUGUGCGACUGCGAGCUGCACCGCGUCUUCGCCAAGAUCCUGCGCGUGCGCCGCCUGCACGUGGACGACUACCGGAACAUCACGUGCCAGGCGCCGCCGCCGCUCGCCGGGGCCUCGCUGGCCUACAUGGACAGCCAGCUGUGCGCGGCCGAGACGGCCACCGUGCUGGUCAUCAGCGUCACGGUGAUCGUCACCGUGGUGUUCGCCAUUGUGAUGGCCGAGCGGAACAGGAAGAAGAGGAAGAGUCUGCGGAACCAGGGCAAAAACUGGGCCGAACAGGAGAGUCUGGAUGGUCAGGACAGGUGAUCUGUUGGUUGCCACUGGCGACUAAGGAGCUGGUUCUGAACAAGAUCCGACUGAGUGAAGCAGCAGUGGUUCCUAUAUGCAAAAG